AUGUCUACCAAUGUCACGGGCCUUGCCACGGGCUUAGGGUACACUUUCGCAGUCCGCGCGAUCAACGCUGUUGGGGCUGGUGCUCAGAGUAAGCAAAGUGCCGAGGUACUUCUCGUCCCAGGAGCAUUUGCGGGCGUAGGUCCCACUGUUGUACUCUCGACCUACGCCGCCGGCGAAGUGGGCACCGCCAACGUGAGCUUCAUCACGUCGAAUCCGAUUCCAAGUGACGGGCACGUCAUCAUCACCUUCCCAUCAAACGUCACGAGCGUGGACUGUUCAGUGGCUCUCGCGUCGGGUAUGGACGGCGGUCUCGUUUCGAAUGUAUCCGGAUACACCGUAGACGUGGAGCGCGACGGAUUUGGUUCUCCAGUGGAAUCGGGGGCGGAAGUGUCUGUGAGCUUGGUCGAUUGCGUGAAGAACCAGCUGUUUGAGGGCGAGAGCGACUCCUUUCCCGUCCUGAAAACGACACUCAACGACACCAGUAUAUCCGUCGACGAGGCGAGCUCUGCACACAACUCGGAGGAUCGACCGGCGGGGGUGUCGUUCACCCCGGGAGCGUUCUCGGAGCCACCAACGGUCGAGUUGGACAGCCUUGUGGCAGGCCACGAGGGUGGAGCGAACGUCACUGUCGCAUUGUCGAACCCCUUGCCGGCUGACGGGAACAUAUUCAUCGAGUUUCCAAGUGAGUUCUCUUCCAUCAACUGCAGCCAGGUUGUGGCCACGGGCAUCGACGGUGGCGUGGAGGUGUACGUGGCUUCGGACGCCUUCCACACGGUGCGUGUGCAUCGGGCCGGGAAUGGUGGUGUCGUGGAAGCGGGUGCGAGCGUGUCUCUCGCAUUGGUCGACGGCAUAACGAACCAGCUGUUCGAGGGCGUGAGCGCAUCGUUUCCGUCAGUCAAAACCACGCUGGCGGACGUCGACGUGGCCAUAGAUGAGACUAGUGCCGAGUUCAACACGCCUGAUCUACCCCCGGGAGUGACGUUCACCCCAGGGGCGUUUGCGGGCGUAGGUCCCACUGUUGUACUCUCGACCUACGCCGCCGGCGAAGUGGGCACCGCCAACGUGAGCUUCAUCACGUCGAAUCCGAUUCCAAGUGACGGGCACGUCAUCAUCACCUUCCCAUCAAACUUCACGAGCGUGGACUGUUCAGUGGCUCUCGCGUCGGGUAUGGACGGCGGUCUCGUUUCGAAUGUAUCCGGAUACACCGUAGACGUGGAGCGCGACGGAUUUGGUUCUCCAGUGGAAUCGGGGGCGGAAGUGUCUGUGAGCUUGGUCGAUUGCGUGAAGAACCAGCUGUUUGAGGGCGAGAGCGACUCCUUUCCCGUCCUGAAAACGACACUCAACGACACCAGUAUAUCCGUCGACGAGGCGAGCUCUGCACACAACUCGGAGGAUCGACCAGCGGGGGUGUCGUUCACCCCGGGAGCGUUCUCGGAGCCACCAACGGUCGAGUUGGACAGCCUUGUGGCAGGCCACGAGGGUGGAGCGAACGUCACUGUCGCAUUGUCGAACCCCUUGCCGGCUGACGGGAACAUAUUCAUCGAGUUUCCAAGUGAGUUCUCUUCCAUCAACUGCAGCCAGGUUGUGGCCACGGGCAUCGACGGUGGCGUGGAGGUGUACGUGGCUUCGGACGCCUUCCACACGGUGCGUGUGCAUCGGGCCGGGAAUGGUGGUGUCGUGGAAGCGGGUGCGAGCGUGUCUCUCGCAUUGGUCGACGGCAUAACGAACCAGCUGUUCGAGGGCGUGAGCGCAUCGUUUCCGUCAGUCAAAACCACGCUGGCGGACGUCGACGUGGCCAUAGAUGAGACUAGUGCCGAGUUCAACACGCCUGAUCUACCCCCGGGAGUGACGUUCACCCCAGGGGCGUUUGCGGGCGUAGGUCCCACUGUUGUACUCUCGACCUACGCCGCCGGCGAAGUGGGCACCGCCAACGUGAGCUUCAUCACGUCGAAUCCGAUUCCAAGUGACGGGCACGUCAUCAUCACCUUCCCAUCAAACGUCACGAGCGUGGACUGUUCAGUGGCUCUCGCGUCGGGUAUGGACGGCGGUCUCGUUUCGAAUGUAUCCGGAUACACCGUAGACGUGGAGCGCGACGGAUUUGGUUCUCCAGUGGAAUCGGGGGCGGAAGUGUCUGUGAGCUUGGUCGAUUGCGUGAAGAACCAGCUGUUUGAGGGCGAGAGCGACUCCUUUCCCGUCCUGAAAACGACACUCAACGACACCAGUAUAUCCGUCGACGAGGCGAGCUCUGCACACAACUCGGAGGAUCGACCAGCGGGGGUGUCGUUCACCCCGGGAGCGUUCUCGGAGCCACCAACGGUCGAGUUGGACAGCCUUGUGGCAGGCCACGAGGGUGGAGCGAACGUCACUGUCGCAUUGUCGAACCCCUUGCCGGCUGACGGGAACAUAUUCAUCGAGUUUCCAAGUGAGUUCUCUUCCAUCAACUGCAGCCAGGUUGUGGCCACGGGCAUCGACGGUGGCGUGGAGGUGUACGUGGCUUCGGACGCCUUCCACACGGUGCGUGUGCAGCGGGCCGGGGAUGGUGGUGUCGUGGAAGCGGGUGCGAGCGUGUCUCUCGCAUUGGUCGACGGCAUAACGAACCAGCUGUUCGAGGGCGUGAGCGCAUCGUUUCCGUCAGUCAAAACCACGCUGGCGGACGUCGACGUGGCCAUAGAUGAGACUAGUGCCGAGUUCAACACGCCUGAUCUACCCCCGGGAGUGACGUUCACCCCAGGGGCGUUUGCGGGCGUAGGUCCCACUGUUGUACUCUCGACCUACGCCGCCGGCGAAGUGGGCACCGCCAACGUGAGCUUCAUCACGUCGAAUCCGAUUCCAAGUGACGGGCACGUCAUCAUCACCUUCCCAUCAAACGUCACGAGCGUGGACUGUUCAGUGGCUCUCGCGUCGGGUAUGGACGGCGGUCUCGUUUCGAAUGUAUCCGGAUACACCGUAGACGUGGAGCGCGACGGAUUUGGUUCUCCAGUGGAAUCGGGGGCGGAAGUGUCUGUGAGCUUGGUCGAUUGCGUGAAGAACCAGCUGUUUGAGGGCGAGAGCGACUCCUUUCCCGUCCUGAAAACGACACUCAACGACACCAGUAUAUCCGUCGACGAGGCGAGCUCUGCACACAACUCGGAGGAUCGACCAGCGGGGGUGUCGUUCACCCCGGGAGCGUUCUCGGAGCCACCAACGGUCGAGUUGGACAGCCUUGUGGCAGGCCACGAGGGCGGAGCGAACGUCACUGUCGUAUUGUCGAACCCCUUGCCGGCUGACGGGAACAUAUUCAUCGAGUUUCCAAGUGAGUUCUCUUCCAUCAACUGCAGCCAGGUUGUGGCCACGGGCAUCGACGGUGGCGUGGAGGUGUACGUGGCUUCGGACGCCUUCCACACGGUGCGUGUGCAGCGGGCCGGGGAUGGUGGUGUCGUGGAAGCGGGUGCGAGCGUGUCUCUCGCAUUGGUCGACGGCAUAACGAACCAGCUGUUCGAGGGCGUGAGCGCAUCGUUUCCGUCAGUCAAAACCACAUUGGCGGACGUCGACGUGGCCAUAGAUGAUUCCAAAGAAGGAUCCGACCUCCCAGACGUUUCGUUUCUGGCGGGAAUAUUGCCGGUCGUCGGCGCUUCAUUGGAAUAUGAUGUGGCGCUUAUGGAGACAUCCAUCACAUUUUCUUUUACCAUCGCGAACCCUCUUCCUGUCCUUGCGUCAGUGCAGAUUGAGUUUCCUCCGAGUUUUCCUUCCGUUUCACCCAUAGUUGCGGACUCAGCCGAGCUAGGUACGGUGAUUGUGAACGGGGCGUUCACUGUUUCUGUUCAGCGCGACGGGUUUGGUGAUAUCGUUCCGGCAGGAACAUCAGUAGCGCUUACUCUUUCAACAGUCAUCAACCGAGGGUCCGUGGGAGACACCGGCAACUUCUCCGUCACUACGUUCACCGACAGUGCCAUGAACAACAGGAUUGACGUCGGUGUUGCCGCAUCGGUCGUGGUCGGAAAACAAGUUUUAUCAACAGCUGCCGCGUUUGGAUCGUCCUCUGUGGCCGUAGCUGCCCAGAACAAACGAUGGACGUUCUUUGGUCAUGGCAUGGCUUUGGAAGAUAAAGUGAAGUGGGUGAAUUCCAGCGCCACUUCGGAUGAAGACUGCAACUGGAACGCCGAGGAAAUCAACAUUGACGUUUUCAACGGCAGUGCAUCCAGUGCCAUUAUCACGUUUAGCGAGAGUUCCGAAACGACAGGCCCCCUCCAGCUUUGCUAUCAGUUUUCCAACGGUAGUCACCCCUUUAAGCUGUAUCCUGCGAUCAAUAUUGACGUGUUUGAGCUGUACAACGUGCAGAAUGCAGAGCAGGGUAGCACAUCCCUCAGCGUUGUCGGAUAUGCCAAAGUUCUGACCCUGUCAGGAUUUGGGAAUGCCGAAUUCGACGAGGCCAAGUGGCUUCUGGAAGGUUCGACCAACUGUUCGUCCGCUCGGGAUGUUGCUCCCUUGGCCUCGGGUGGUAACGGGGGAGAAAACGCUGCUAGUGUGUCGUCUUCCUUCAAAGCUUCGUUUGAGUUCACGGAAGAUGUCUUCACUCAGGCGGCAGCUGGAAACGCCAGCGCCGGUACCACUCUAUGCUACAGGUUUGGGUCUGAGGAGUUUCAACAUUAUCCAAGCAUUUCGAUGGGAAUACACUACGUGAACGGAAUUACAUCUGCGGUGGGAAGCUCCUCUUUGGCGGUGGUAGAUGUACCGGAAAUACUCACCUUCAGUGGGUAUGGAAUAUCGGAAAAUGCCUCUUCGAAGGACCGUUCAAGAUGGAUCCUGUUCGGCACCGACUGCUCCGACAACUGGGCGCUGAUUUCUGAUGAAGCGGCCACCGACGGCCGCGUGGAGGUUUCUAGCGGCGAGUCCACCUUCACCUUCACGGCUUCGAUGUCGGGCGAGACCCCAAGCUUGUGCUAUUGGUUCCAGGAUGAGCCUGGCGUGCUCUUUUCGUCUGUCGUGAUCAAUGUGGCCCAUCUGUCAACUCUGUCAGCCCCAUCUUUCGGCGAUGCCGAUGUCGCCGUUGUUGGGUACCCCAAGAGUUGGGGGUUCUCCGGUGGGCACAUUGAAAACAAUGAUUUCGUACGAUGGAUCUACAACGAGUCCUCCGAUUGUUCUGAAUCGAAUUCCCUGCCGGAGAUGGAGGAGGACGGCAAGAUCAUUUCUGGCAAGACUACGUGCACCUUCGCGGAAAGUGUGUCCGGACGCUGGAUCACCCCAUGUUACAGGCACGGCAGCGAGCCAUGGCGCCGGUACUCGAUGCCCGUGUACGUCAAAAUGGUGCACAGCAUGACAGCAGUAUGGGGUAGCGAUACGACUUGCGUGGUCGAUGAGGGCAAGAAAUGGGCUUUUGAAGGGGACGGUCUUCAAGCUGGCGACGAAAGAGACUUGAUCAAGUUUGUCAUCAACGACACCGAUUGUGCAAGUAACUCUGAGGUCCCGCUGACAGGGGCUGACUCGGAUGGCGUUGCCAUGUACCUUGAAACAGACAGCACAGCGACAAUUAUCGUCAAAUCCGCAGCAGCAGGCUACUUCAUCAACCUGUGCUACAAAUUCGGCAAUGAAGAAUUCAUGUGGUACGACAUCCGGGCGUUUGUACACAUGGUGAAGUCCGUGGAUUCGCUUGUGGGUGGGAAAGACAUCGCCGUCGUAGACGUGGAAGAAGUUCUUGUUAUUCGAGCCAACGGCACUUCGUCACAGGACUAUAUGCGAUGGAUUGUGAGCAACGAGACAUCCGGAACCUCAUGCAACGAUACCGUCGUUGUCCUAGACGGCCCUAGCGAAGGCGCAAAUGAAAUCAUCGACGUGCCCAUUUUCUAUAGAGGAGGUGUUUUCCUCGCGAACUUCACGUUCAGCGCGUCAUCUGCGGGAUUAUCGCCCAUUCUGUGCUACAAGUUCGCAGACGAGCCAUGGAAGGCAUACAACGAUGUGACUAUUGAUGUGGCAAUGCUUCAAGAAGUGCACGCAAACGAGGGAUCUAACUAUGUCGCUGUGGUCAACUACUCAAAGAUGUGGACUAUGGCUGGGCAGUUCUUGGCCGCCGGGGAUCAGGUUUUUUGGUCAGCAUCGACCUGCGAAACAGCUUCAGCUGCUAAUCUGGUGGGAGACCCUGACGGGAUCCUUCUGGUAGACUCUACCCUGGCACCAUGGUUCGCGUUCGAUAGUUCUGUGUCCGGGUCUGUCGUGCACAUAUGCUAUAAGUUUAACGACGAGCCCUUCAAGGAGUACGUGGAAUUCGAGAUCGACAUCCGGAUGAUUCGAGCUGUUGCGGUAGAUGUGGGGUCCCCUAGGAAGGCUAUUCCCGGUGUGGCGAAGACGUUUUCGUUCAUAGGGGACGGCACAGCAACCGAGGCGGGGUUGGACCAGGUGAAGUGGGUCGAUGGUGAUGAUUGCUUAUCGAACGGAAUCGCCGGUGAUGUCGAAGAUGUUCAAGGGAUGCGAAGCUUCGAUCUUCUGUACUUCGACGCUACAGGCUUCACCGCCCAGACGAUAGCUUUCCCCGAACGAGAGAUUGGAGGACCAUACGCCAUGUGCUACUCCUUCGACGAGGAACCCUAUCAGGUCUAUAUCGACCUCGUGAUGACUGUGCUGGGGAUCUCGGACGUGACUGCAGCAGCGGGAGCAGCUAACACGAUCGUUGUAGGCGCCGUCAAGCGUCUUAACUUCACCGGAGGAGGUGCUGUUGAAGCUGGAGACAACGCAGUCUGGGUGUCUGGUGGACGGGUUGACGGCGACUGUCUGGUGACCGCAUUUUUGUCUGGCCCUGAAAGCACCGUGGACUUACUUAAUGGAGCCGAUUUUUUCAUUCCGGAUGAAGAUGGCGAGGACAUGGCGGGUAGAACAUGGGUCCUGUGCUAUCGGUUUGGGUUGGUUGAUUUUUCUGCGGAAGAUGGCUCUGACGAUGAUAGCGUCGUGGGUUAUCCGAAAACUUUCCAUCCUUCCGGGUUUGGGAUUGCCGAGGGUGACAAAUCCAAGUGGGUGAUGCCCUCCGUUUCGAGUGACGAAGGGUGCGAAUCCGAUGGUGUCGUUGAUGAAGAGCAAGUGGAGUGGACCAUGUACACGCCAACAUUGGUAACGGCAAACACAUCGACAGUCGACCCAACGACAGCCACGUCAAGCGGGAGCUCAGCAGUGGCCAUAUCAAGUCCAGAAGAGGAGGUGCUCUCGUCUACCUUCACGUUUACAACGCCAACGUUCAGUUCGACCAGAGUGCAGUUGUGUUACAAGCAUCAGGACGAGCCCUACCAUCUCCAUGCUGGUAUAACGUUGCGCACACGACAACUGUUGUCAGCGACAAUUCGCGAGUUGGGCACAGAGCAGGUGCUCACGUCCAUCACGAACUCACCGCAGGUGGUGGCUUUUGUGGCAGUUGGUGGCAUGGAAGGUGAUCAAUACAAGUGGGUUCCUGCAACCGAGACUUACACCUCCGAGACCUUGCUCGACCUCUGCGCUGAUUCGGUGGACCCUGCCGCCGGUUCUUCGGUUGGUGUCGCUGCCGGAUUCUACCAAGAGGCAUCCUUCACGUUCACGGAACCAGUGUCAGACUUGAUGCUCUGCUACGCCCCCGGCUCAGAACCCUUCAUGCCGUACCCAAAUAUUACUAUGGAAGCGCUUGCUCCGGUUAUCUCAAAUGUGAACACCACCCAUGUGAUAGCGGGACGGUUGACAACUAUUCGGCUGAUCGGCACAUUCGGUCUAACCUCCGGUGAUGCCUUGAAACUAGCUGACAACGCUGAUGGGGGCUGUGAAGGCAACGCCGCUGGGGGGGAUGAGGCAGAGUUCGCUCCGGACACGACAGUGCCAGGCUCGUCCGGGCCAGCACUAGGCACGAGCACCAUCACCCUAUACGUGAGCGACCGCACGGAGGAAAACAGGCCGUACAAGCUGUGCUACAGGUUUGGAGCCGCGGGGGUGUGGGAGCUGUUUGAGAAUGUGUCAUUGGAGGCGUACGAGGUGACAGCAGUAUCGGUGGACAACGACGGGGAGGGGUCCCCCGCGGCUGGGGAUGCCCUGCAAUUCUCAUUUUCCGGAACUGGAAUCGUCGAUGGAGACCUCGCGAAAUGGGUGGGCGCCUCUACUUCUUCCGACAUCCAAUGCGACGCUGCGACACCUGCAUUUGGGUCAGCGACGGCCACGGUUGUCGGAGGUGUCGCCGAGUUUGCGUUUGAUGGCGAUGUAGAGGACUGGGUCCUGUGCUACAAGCAUGGUUCGGACGACUGGCGUUUAUAUGCAGCAAUCGUCCCGGUAUCAGUUUCGAGCGCGUCAUCUUCGGGCACAACAACGAUCAGCGACACUCAACGGACAAAAGCAGACGUUUCUUUUACGAUGGAGGGUCAAAUUUCUUCGUACCCCGAGGGGUCUGACGCUCGGGCGGACUUUUUGUGGGCUUUCUUGCUGGAUCUAGCGCGAGCUCUCGGGGUUGCAACUUCGAGGUUCAUCAUUACCGGCAUGCGGGCGGGCUCUGUGGUGGUAGACUUUACCAUCGAGCCAACGGGCUCACUGGCAGAUCAGUCUGUCACUGAGCUGCUCACCAACCUGGACGAGCAGAUGUCAGACGAAUCUAGCCCUUUGCGCAAUGGCAAUGUAACGUCUGCUGCCAAAGGGCUCACAUACACCACGGUUGUUGAAGCGGCGACGUCCACAAACUCCUCAGCGGCUGUGAUCGGGCUCUCGGUGGUUGAGUAUCAGCCAAAAGGCUUGUUUGGCUUCACGUCGACUGUCUGGUACACAACAGAGGCCAGCGGGACAGUGACUCUGACUAUUGCGCGAGACCACGGCACUAUGGGUGUAAUGGACAUAGGGUAUACCACUGCGGAUGGGAGCGCCACCGGUGGUGACGACUACACCGCCUUGGCCGGCACCGUUCGGUUUUACGACGGAGAUACCUCUAAAACCGUGGAUGUUCUGCUGGUGGACGAUGUUGAGACGGAGGCACACUUUGAGUCGUUUUCCAUUGCCCUCAGUCUUGAGGGGCCCAUCAACCAAGGCGCUGCGUUGAAGACAACAGCCACAGAGGCAGAAGUUCUCUUGUACGACUACGGGGAUGGAGUCGUCCUAGCAGAUGCAACGUUUUCUGCUAAACCAAAGUCCUCCUCAGGUGGAGCAGAUGAUCUUGCUCUUGGCUGGAAAAUCACAGAUAACGGAGGGCAAAGCGGAUGGGUGGACUCAACCGGCUUUGCGGCUAAAGAUGCUAUAUUCGGCGCUGACGAGUAUGAUGAUCGAUGCGACUAUGCUGCGACGGCGCCGUGUGACCACGACUGCAUAUUCGGGGGUGGGCUGGCUGAGCGCUUCCCAGCGACCGGCGAAAGCCCGUCAGUGAUUCGGCUCAACUCAACAGGCUACGUUACGACAGUUGUCCCCGUCAGCAACUUUCCUUCCACGGCCUUUUCAUUGUCGUUCUGGAUACGAGCGAUCUCGACGUCUGGUGGAAGAGGUGGCGGAACGGUGGUGUCCUACGUUGGCCCAAAUUCGAGCCCGAGCGAUUCCGAAGUUCUCCUUCACAAUUUGAACGGACUGAACCUUCUUGUGCACGGGAAGUUCGUUUCCGCUGCAGAUCGCUACGAUGGUCCUUCAGGAGGAGAUAUGGGCGGAAUCAAAACUGGGAUAGACGUGGCCCGCGAUGGGGCCUGGCAUCACGUGACGGUCGCGUGGAGAUCUGCGGAUGGACGGGUAGAUGCGUUCUACGACGGCGCUCGGGUGUUUGAUGGUGGCCCCUACAAGACCGGGGUGACAUUGUCAACCGGGGGGAGACUGGUUUUGGGACAAGCGCAAUCAAGCGAUUGUACCUCCGCCCAGGAUGUGAUGACGGCAAAUGUGUCCACGUCGGACCCUCUUGAGUGCGAGGUAGUAAGUGGAUCGAAAGGACCAGGGGGGCUCGAGGCAGAGGUCCAGCAUCUGAGGUUAUGGUCAAAGUUUGUGACUGCCGACGAGGUGGCCCAGCAGAUGCACGAGCCUUUCGAGGGAAACACGGUUGGACAGGGCUACGGAGUGGCACAUCGUACGGCGGGCGGCUGCAAUUCAGGUGCGACGUCGUAA